GCUUUAGGAUAAUGCACUCUGCACUGAAUUCUUAACAAAUCAUCGCGAUCCCAUCAAUAUGAUCAAAGAAGAAGAAGAAGCUUCUUCAUCACAGGCGAUUGUCCUUGCUAUUUUGGAAAAUAAUGAGGAUGGCUUAAGUAACGAAGAUCUGAUGAAGCAGACCGCGGGGAUGGAUGUCAAAGCACGUGGCGAAGCAGUCAAUUCUUUGUUAUCGUUGGGUAAGAUCGAAAUGCUGCCUGGUCAUACAUCUGGCUCAUUUAUCCUACGUUUAAGAAAAGGCACACAAAUUACCGAUGCCACGCAUGAGGAACAGUUGAUUUAUUCAUUAAUUGAAGAAUCAGGUAAAAAGGGUAUUUGGAUACGGGAAAUUCGUGAUCGGACUGGUUUAUCGCAGACGCAAAUGCGUAAAGUUCUGAAAGUAUUGGAACAACGCAAACUUGUUAAAUCGAUAAAAGCGGUAGGUACGACAAAAAAAUGCUACAUGUUGUACGGUGCAGUGGCAGAUGAAUCGUUGACGGGUGGAACAUUCUAUUCCGACCAACAGCUGGAUUCACAGUUCGUCGAAACUCUAGCACAUAUUUGUGUUGCGAUGUUGCAGAGCAAGCGGAAAUUCUCUGAGGAUAACCACAAAAAUGACCCUGCAGCUGCUCGGGAGUUUGCGUUCGUUCGUUCCACCGAGGUGGCGCAAUUCAUUCGCGAAAAGGGUGUUUGUCGUGUGCAACUCAGUGUUGCGGAUAUUGAGAGUAUCCUGUCAGUAGCACUGUUAGAUGGUUUAAUUGAACGACGUGCAGACGGUAUGUACCGGGCCCUGAUAUCUAAGAUUACCCGUUGUGCUCCAUCUCUUUGUCCUUGUAUUCACUGUCCCAUUCAAGCUGAUUGUAAACCAGGUCAUGUGAUUUCACCGCAGAACUGUGAAUAUUUUGCGAGUUGGUUGGGUUGGUAGCAAUCGGAUAUACCAGGUUAUGCAGGUUGUUUUGUCUGGGAACUACUAGACUUUUAUUUCUUGUCUUAAAUCAGUGCAUUACAUCUAUGGUGUUUAGGUCCACGAUGUUUUGCUUUUUUUGUAUUCAUUUCAC